AUGGCCGCUCAUCAAUCACAAUCCAACGAACGGCCGAUCAGUCUGGGUACUCCACUUCGACUGCACGACGGCAGUCUGCCAUGCCCUUUCCGGCUCAUGUCUCUGAAUCGCGGUCCCGAUCAGGAGAAGGCAGAGAACGAAGCGCUUCAGAGCCUAUGCCACAGGAAGGCACACGGGGAUCCCGCCGGGUGA